AUGGGCUCGAUACCAGUGCCAGACAACGACAUGCAGCUGUCGAAGGUGCCCUUAGAAAAGACAUCGAGCCAUGAUGAAGGCCUGCCAAGUCGUCAGGCCUUGCUCGAGGCUCUUCAAGCCCAGAAGCCAUCGCCAUGGUCACCCAACUUAAGGAAGCUGUACGGAUUUUGUAUAAUUGCCUUCCUAUGUUCGACAAUGAAUGGGUAUGAUGGAUCUAUCUUUGGAUCUCUUCCGGCUCUUGCGUCGUUCAGAAAUCAAUUCGGCGUUGAGAAAAACGGGGCAAAAAUCGGAUACAUUUCAGCAAUGUAUACCGUCGGCGGAAUUUGCUCUUUGCCAUUCAGUGGACCCGCCUCUGAUAUGCGCGGUAGGAAAUGGGGCACCUUCAUCGGCUGCGUGAUUGUUGUCGCUAGCACUUUUGUCUCAGCCCUAUCGCGCGGUGUCCCGCAAUUUGUCGCAGGCCGUUUCUUCCUUGGUUUUGGGGUAAACAUUAUUCGAUCAACAAGUUCUAUUUGGUGCGCCGAGGUGUGUCCCCCAGCCUAUCGUGGCAUCAUCAUGGCGUUCUACAACUGCACGUACGCCGUCGGGUCGCUUAUUGCGGCUGGUGUCACUAGAGGAUCGGCUGGAUACGCAGGGGUGAAGUCCUGGCAGAUUCCGCUAUGGUGCCAGAUGAUCUGCCCUGGAAUUGUUCUUUUGGGUGUCUUAUUUUUUCCCGAAUCCCCUAGGUGGCUAUUCUCGCAUGGCCAAGAGGACAAGGCAUUGGAGUUUCUUACACACUAUCACGGUGAAGACGAUCCUCAUCAUCCUCUGGUGCAACUACAGUUGCAGGAAUAUAAGGAGUUUAUUUCGCUCUCUGGAUCAGACAAGCGUUGGUGGGACUUUAGCGACUUUUACAAAACCAAGUCAGGAAGAUGGCGGUUCAUGAAUGCCCUGGUCGUAGGCAUCUGGGGCCAAUGUUCAGGCAACGCAGUGGUCACUUACUAUCUCCCCGCGAUGCUAAUCACUACGGGAAUCACGGACUCGGAGCAGGUGCUCAACGUCAACCUGGGAUAUACCGUUGUAUCGACCGUGGCUGCAUACUUGGGGGCCAGCCAGCUUGAUCGAAUGGGUCGUCGACCGACAAUAAUUUGGACAGCCGUGGCAUGCUCAGUCUGCUUCGCAUUUAUUACCAUUGGUACCGGACUGUUUGCUCACAGUCAUGCAAAAUCAGCUGCUUCUGCUGGCAUUGCCUUUAUAUUUGUUUUUGGUUUCUGUUACAAUUUUGGAAUGACUCCAUUGCAGGCAUUAUAUCCAGUCGAGGCUUUGUCAUAUGAAACACGUGGCAAAGGCGUUGGUCUCACUUUUUCCAUCGCCCAUGGUUUUACACUACUCAAUCAGUUUUGUUUCCCUGUUGCUCUCCAGAAAAUUGGAUGGUAUACCUACAUUGUAUUCAUUGUUUGGGAUUUAUUUGAAGCGACCGUGAGUUACUUCAUCUCGGUCGAGACAAAGAACCACACAUUGGAAGAGCUGUCUGAGAUUUUCGAGGGCCCGAACCCUGUAAAGGCUUCAUUACGACGUCCACUUGCUGAAAUGUGA